GACAGUGAGCGAGAUCAGGCAGUGGGUGUCCAGCUCUCCUCACUGAGCAAACCUCAGCUGAGUCUCCAGCAAAAUCCUGUAGGCUUCAGCUGAGAAUUCCAGGAAGGACACCUAAGAUUUCCUUUCAACAUUAACACCUUGUCCUUCGGGCUCUUCUCUCCCUUGCAGCUCCGAAUGUCCUGGCUCAUCCGUGGAGUCUUGCAGGGAAACGUCUCCUUGGUGCUGGUGGAAAACAAAACUGGGAAGGAGCAAAGCAGGAUGGUCUGGCAUGUGGCCACCAAUGAAGGCUUGAGCCUGUGGCAGUGGACGGUGCUACCUCUCCUGGAUGUGGCCGACAGGUUCUGGCUGCAGAUUGUCGCUUGGUGGGGACAAGGAUCCAGAGCCACCGUGGCUUUUGACAAUAUCUCCAUCAGCCUGGACUGCUACCUCACCAUCAGUGGGGAGGACAAGAUGCCACAGAAUACAGCACCCAAAUCAAGAAAUCUGUUUGAAAGAAAUUCAAACAAGGAGUCGAAACCCUGGGAAAAUACACCAGGAGAGACCCCCAUCUUUGACCCUACAGUUCACUGGCUCUUCACCACGUGCGGGGCCAGCGGGCCCCAUGGCCCCACGCAGGCCCAGUGCAACAACGCCUACCGGAACUCCAACCUGAGCGUGGUGGUGGGGAGCGAGGGCCCCCUGAAGGGCAUCCAGACCUGGAAGGUGCCAGCCACCGACACCUACAGCAUCUCGGGCUAUGGAGCUGCUGGCGGGAAAGGCGGGAAGAACACCAUGAUGCGGUCCCACGGCGUGUCUGUGCUGGGCAUCUUCAACCUGGAGAAGGACGACAUGCUGUACAUCCUGGUCGGGCAACAGGGGGAAGACGCCUGCCCCAGCACAAACCGAUUAAUCCAGAAAGUCUGCAUUGGAGAGAACAACGUGAUAGAAGAAGAAAUCCGCGUGAACAGAAGCGUGCAUGAGUGGGCAGGAGGCGGCGGAGGAGGAGGCGGAGCCACCUACGUGUUUAAGAUGAAGGAUGGCGUGCCCGUGCCCCUGAUCAUUGCAGCCGGCGGUGGCGGCCGGGCCUACGGGGCCAAGACAGACACAUUCCACCCAGAGAGACUGGAGAAUAACUCCUCGGUUCUGGGGCUCAACGGCAAUUCCGGAGCCGCAGUCUGGUUUGCCACAGGCGGCAACGCAGCCUCAGACAAUGACCCCGAGAUGGACGGAGAGGAUGGGGUCUCCUUCAUCAGUCCACUGGGCAUCCUGUACACCCCGGCUUUAAAAGUGAUGGAGGGCCACGGGGAAGUAAAUAUUAAGCAUUACCUAAACUGCAGCCACUGUGAGGUAGAUGAGUGCCACAUGGACCCCGAGAGCCACAAGAUCAUCUGCUUCUGUGACCAUGGGACAGUGCUGGCAGAGGAUGGCGUCUCCUGCAUCGUCUCACCCACCCCGGAGCCCCACCUGCCACUCUCGCUGAUCCUCUCUGUCGUGACCUCUGCCCUCGUGGCCGCCCUCGUCCUGGCUUUCUCUGGCAUCAUGAUCGUGUACCGCCGGAAGCACCAGGAGCUGCAAGCCAUGCAGAUGGAGCUGCAGAGUCCCGAGUACAAGCUGAGCAAGCUCCGCACUUCAACCAUCAUGACCGACUACAACCCCAACUACUGCUUUGCUGGCAAGACCUCCUCCAUCAGUGACCUGAAGGAGGUGCCGCGGAAAAACAUCACCCUCAUUCGGGGUCUGGGCCAUGGCGCAUUUGGGGAGGUGUAUGAAGGCCAGGUGUCUGGAAUGCCCAACGACCCAAGCCCCCUGCAAGUGGCUGUAAAGACGCUGCCUGAGGUAUGUUCCGAACAGGAUGAACUGGAUUUCCUCAUGGAAGCCCUGAUCAUCAGCAAAUUCAACCACCAGAACAUCGUGCGCUGUAUUGGGGUGAGUCUGCAAGCCUUGCCCCGGUUUAUCCUGCUGGAGCUCAUGGCGGGAGGAGACCUCAAGUCCUUCCUCCGGGAGACCCGCCCUCGCCCGAAUCAGCCCUCCUCCCUGGCCAUGCUGGACCUUCUGCAUGUGGCUCAGGACAUCGCCUGUGGUUGUCAGUAUCUAGAGGAAAAUCACUUCAUCCACCGGGACAUUGCUGCCAGAAACUGCCUCCUGACCUGUCCAGGCCCUGGAAGAGUGGCCAAGAUUGGGGACUUUGGAAUGGCCCGAGACAUCUACAGAGCAAGCUACUACCGAAAGGGAGGCUGUGCAAUGCUGCCAGUCAAAUGGAUGCCCCCAGAGGCCUUCAUGGAAGGAAUAUUUACUUCUAAAACAGACACGUGGUCCUUCGGAGUGCUGCUGUGGGAAAUAUUUUCUCUCGGAUAUAUGCCGUACCCUAGCAAAAGCAACCAGGAAGUUCUGGAGUUCGUCACCAGCGGAGGACGGAUGGACCCACCUAAGAACUGCCCUGGGCCUGUAUACCGGAUAAUGACCCAGUGCUGGCAACACCAGCCUGAAGACAGGCCCAACUUUGCCAUAAUUUUGGAGAGGAUUGAAUACUGCACCCAGGACCCAGAUGUGAUCAACACAGCUUUGCCAAUAGAAUAUGGCCCACUCGUGGAGGAGGAAGAGAAAGUGCCUAUGAGGCCCAAAGACCCCGAGGGAAUGCCUCCUCUGCUAGUCUCUCCUCCCCAAGCUAAACGUGAGGAAGGACAGGGUCCAGCUGCCCCGCUCCCUCUGCCUUCCACUUCGUCUAGCAAAGCCAUGAAGAAACCAACAGCUGCAGAGAUCUCUGUUCGAGUCACUAGAGCGCCAGCCGUGGAAGGGGGACAUGUUAAUAUGGCAUUCUCUCAGUCCAACCCACCAUCAGAGCUGCACAAAGUCCAGGGAUCCAGAAACAAACCAACCAGCCUAUGGAAUCCAACUUAUGGCUCAUGGUUUACAGAGAAACCCGCCAAAAAGAACAAUCCUCCAGCAAAGAUGGAGCAACAGGAGAGGGGAAACUUGGGACGUGAGGGAAGCUGUACUGUCCCCCCUAACAUGGCAGCUGGCAGACUUCCAGGCGCCUCUCUGCUCCUAGAACCAUCUUCGCUGACUGCCAACAUGAAGGAAGUUCCCCUGUUUAGGCUGCGUCACUUCCCGUGUGGAAAUGUCAACUAUGGCUACCAGCAACAGGGCUUACCUUUAGAGGCCACCCCUGCCCCUGGAACUAGUCAUUAUGAGGACGCCAUUCUGAAAACCCAGCCUGGGCCCUGAGCCUGCUGGCACUCAUUUCUCUUUCUUGGAAACCGUGAGCCCAUGGAGGAGGGACAGGUAAUGGCUCCUCCAUAAACCAGAGACCAAACGUCACUUUUCAUUUUGUGCCAACUUGUUUUGAAGUGCCACAUAAAAGCUGUAUUUUCAAAAUGCUUUAGUUUUGAGCACGGGUUCAUCCUAUUCUUUCAAAAGAAGAAAAUAUCAUAGAGACCAGUGAUAAAUACAAGGCCCAGAUUUGGUUGCAUCAGGUUUUCGUGCAUGGUUGGUGUACACUUCCUCACGCUUCUUUCAAACUGUGUGUGCUCUGCUCAGUGCGGUCAGAAUUAGCUGCUUACAUGUUUCAUAGUUGGAGUCGUAGGGGUUUCCUUACCUUGUUGAUGUGGACAUGGACCACUUGUGGGGAGAGAGACUAGAAAUAAAAGAGUUAUUUGUAAUGCAUCAGCAUGGGAAAGGCAUUCUUUACUUGGAAAAGAAAAAUCAUAGACAACUAACUGAAAAGUCCCGUUAGAUGACGGUUAGGUCCUGUCAAUUCUCCUGUUUCAUCGGUGAUGGUAAAAAUGUGGUGAAUAGUUACGUGGUAUAGAGAAAGUGUAUAUAUACUCAUCUAAAUGAACUGCAGACAUUGCAAGUGCUUUGGCAUGCUGCAACCCAGGACAGCUCCAGAGAGGCAAACAUCCUAUUAAUACACCUCAUGCCUUAAGAAAACCUGCCCACUGAAAGUGAACAACUGAGUGUGAGGUUUCCUACUGGACUGAAAACUCGAGAUUUAAAUUAUUAAUUACUUAUUUUAAAACUUUCCACUAAUUAAAAUAAACUCUGAUAAUUUAAAAACAAAAAUUUUAAGCAGCAGUGAACAUCCAAGCAUAGAAACAUAUCCAUUCGUGGGCAUAAGUGUCAAUAGAUCUUAGAGGAAAACCUUCUAACGAUUCAAUCAUGAAGGUUAGUUACCAAGUUGGAGUUUCUACUUGUACUGAUAGGUCAUUCGAGUAACAGGCCGCUGGUGGCCCUGGGGAGAGGUAGCAAUGCAGUAUCCUUCCUUCCAGUGUUCACCUGAGCUUUCUCUCCUUCAUCAUGUGAUCAUAAUAUACAUGGGCACACAAAUCUGCUAAAAUAUACACAGCAGAAUUUGUUUAGCUACCAAAUGCAGAUUAAAACGAGGGAUUUCCCUCUGGGUGGCAAUGAGUGAAGGAAUUAGGAAGACGGAGCGCUGAGGUUAAUGCUGACGUUAUAGGGCGAGUGCGGAACUUGGUUUUCACGGGUGAGAUUUAUUUCCCUGAAAAUGAACUGGGAAUCUGUUAAAUUUUACACACGUACUUAUGCAAUAACGCUUCACUUUGUCGGUAAAUUGUCCUUUCAUCCUUACUUUCUGCUGCUCUUCCAUCUCCCGCCCAGUUUCCUUCCUGGUGGGAGCUAUGCCAAAGCAUCGCUUUGGGAGGAGAGCAUUUUGUGGUACUUGCUAGGCACUAAGCAAAAGGACUGGACAUGUCCCUACCUUCUCAGCUUCACCUACAGCAGAGGACCACUUUGGACUUGGGAAAGCCAUUCUGUUCUAAGCCAACAGUAGAGAAGUUUCCUUCCUCCGAUGGCAGAUGCCACAUCCUAGUGGGCGCUUCUGCACAUCUGUAGGGGCCCUGAUACCCUGGACGCCACAUUUCCUGAUCUUCUUAACUGCCAAAAAUAUUUUCAUCAGACAUACAUGAAGAUGAAACAUCAAUGAACCCAUCUCUAAAUAACUUUAUCAAGACAGUUUGGACUCCUGCCAGGCACAAAAGUAUAUAGUAUAAUCAUAUAAACAUCAAUCUAACUCAUAAACCACCUGCAGGGGCCCCAGAAUGACUCUCUGAGAAACACUCUCCUAAAGCAUAAUAACAGAGGAACUGUCAAAACUAAGAACAAUUUCAUUUUCUAUUUGUAACACCAGUAACCAAUUAAACAGGGGGCAUGCUAAAUGGUUAAAUAGACAAUUCUUUAUUGUUAUUAACAGAGAAAAAAUCUUAUCCUUUUCUCUUCUUAAAAACUACAAAUCCAUUACAUUUUCAGGUUGUGCCUUACUACCACAGAGAUUGGUUGUUGAUUGUCUCUGAUCGUCCUUACCUGUAUCAAUUUUCAUGUAAAUGAUAGUCAAGUCUUAAAAGCCUGUAUACGUGGAUAAGUAAAUAAACACCUGCACACUGAGAUAUGAUGACCUCAAGAUGUUUCAUUUAACUCGCUGUAAGCCCUAGGUAUUGGCAUGAUAUUAAUCUGGACUGUCGUCCACUCAAUAUUGCUCCCACCAUAUGGCUACGGCAACUCACACAGAAGCUGUGGACUCUCAUAUUUAUUAACUAUGAUAGAAAAAUCCACCUAGAACAUGGACAGGGACAAUUAAAGUUUGAAGAAGCUAUGCUAAUUAAAUCAUAAGCUAGUAUAAUUAUUUAUAUUCCGUGUCUAUAAAGAAGCCCAUCAAAAGUUCACAACCGUUCCAUUGGGAAAUUAGCAAUUUGUGAGGAAUGACCAUUUUGUUAGUACGUGGCACCUCAGAAUCAAAAUUGCAGGAAUACACUUUAUUUUUUCCGAAGCGUAUGACCUACUUAGUCAACAGACCGGAUUCUCUUCCAUCAGUUAGGGUGUGGGGCCCGGCUCUCUCUGGGUUAUGGGACCUGUCUGUACCUUGGUGUCUCCAAAUACAAAACAAAGCUAAUAACCUCUUUCUCGCUGCCCCUCAGGGGACUCAGAACCUGUGUGAGAGCACAGGCACUCCCUCUUACACUUCUUGAAUUCCCAAGUGAUCUGGAGUUUGGCGCAGGGAGAAGUGCAAAAGUCAGACUGUGUCCACACACGUCUGCCCACUCUACGCCCCUCUGGCCCACUUGGCCCUCCCAUUUGUAUCAUAUUUAAUUUCAUCUGUCACUUGUGUAGUGACAGUAGCAAGAACCCUACCAGAAACCAAGUCCUUUGCAUCCCAAAAGAAGAAUGUGAAGACGCUUAGCACACUAAGAACUGGGUUCUAAGUGUUAAAGAUAAGCAUUACAGAAAGGAAGAUAUGUAAUCAAUUUGAGUAAUUCUUUUUUUUAAAUUUCUGCCAUCUCCAUAUAAUACCUGGUAAACUCUAUCGCUGUAUUAUAUUACGUAACUUCAGACUAAAGUUUAUUCCACUAAGAAAUUCUAAAUGAUCAGGAUGUUUUCAAAGAUUUUCUCCAAUAAUAGCAGGAUUAAAAUUCAUAUUGGCUUAUAGACCUAAAACAAGAUGCAUAUGAAUUCAGACUACUCUGAAUACCAGACUCCCCAUGACAAGAUUCAUACAAUUCUAUGAAGUGAGCUGUCAAUCUGUCUUUAGCUAAUGACUUUUUAAAUAGGUCCCCAAAGAACAUACAAUUUGACUUUGCUAAUUUCAUUGCAGCAGAUGGUUCCCCAUGUUGUGUGAACAUACAAAACCCAAACCAGCACUCCCAUAAUCCCCCACAAGAUGCCCUGAAAUAAAAGAUAAUUACUGAGAACAAACAGUGAGGCUUCUAUUAAGAUUCUGAUUUCAUGUGAUAUCCUGAGUAAGUGUAUUUAAUUUUUAAUGCACUACUCAAGUACAAAGCUAUUUUUAGCUCUAGCUUAACUUUAAAACAUUUGAAAAGCUCAGUGUAAGAACAGACUAUUACCUGUAAUUGGGGGAGGGAGAUGAGCUAUAGCCACAACACUAAAGCAAUGACUUUCCUCUCAAAGUAAAACAAGUACGUUACCCUUCCAGGUAAAGAUGGCGCCACCAGGCUAACCUCACAAGAACUGCAGGCACCAAGGGCUGCUGCAGUGCCAGGCUCAGAUCCCUCUGCUUGACACACCCUCAGGCUAUCCCCUCACUCCACCAAUUUGCUAAGGCCUCUUGCCUCCUUGAAAACAAUUACUCACAAUUAUUUAUCCCACCAUCACUAAAAUGCUCGUUCAGUAGGCACAUUUCAGCUGGUAUUAGUUGAAAGGUAAUCUUAUUAAAUGAACUCUCACUAAGCCUUAGCAACGAGUAUAUUAACGUUCCCUAGAAUAUUUACAUUUUAAGAGCAGUUAUUUGCCAAUACAGACGAAUAUCACAUUGAUAAAACUUCACAUGAUUAUAAUAUCUUGGAUGGUUUCUGUUAUAAGUGCAGAUGGUGGUGCGGUUCCCUGACAGGGAAAUGAACUGGGGCUGCAGUGGUGAGAGAGCCAAAUCUUAACCACUACACCACCAGGCUGACCUUGCAUGGCUUAGUACUCAUCAGUUACAUGAGAGAUAGCAAGCAGAUUGGGCAGGAGUUAAAAGACCCAGGUAUUAGACUGCAAUUAUCUACCUAUGCGACUCAAGCAAGUUACUUAAACUCACACUUUCUCAUUUAAAAACGUGAGCAGUGAGUUUGGUCUCAAAGGCUCCUUCCAACUCUGAAGUCCAUGAUUCUUUAAGACUUCACCGCUCUAUGAGGCAAAUCCCAACACCUGGCCCACAAUGGGUAGGACAC